AUGGUUGUUUAUGCCGAUGCGGCUCCGUCCCUAGCGGGCAGCGCUAUCAUGUUGACGAUAUUGGCCUUCAUGACCUACGGCUUGCGGGUUUACUGCAGAUUGACCCGCAAGUCAUGGGGAAUAGAAGAUUGGAUCAUGACAAUAGCACUUGUCAGUACCUCACAAGAAGAAAUUUCCCAUGGCUCGACUAACACUCUAAAGGUACCAUUUGCCGUGCUUGCGGCGGGAUGUAUCGGGGGAGCCUUCAAUGGAAUUGGUGUCCAUAAUUCGACACUGGCAAAGCCUGGUAAUGAAAAGUAUUCGGCGGAGGGGAUGAAGUUCUUUCUUAUAUUUGAAGUCGGCUACUGUGCUGCCAUCAUUCCAAUUAAGCUCAGCAUCAGUUGGAUGUUGAUUCGAGUGGCGCAGGGGCGUAAGGCGUACCUCUAUACACAAUAUGCCGUCAUUGCUACAUUCGUGACUAUGAAUAUCAUUGCGUUGAUCUUUAUUCUGAUCAACUGCAUCCCCAUAGAAGCUGCAUGGAACGAGGAAGCCCUUAAUAAUGGAGGCUAUUGCCAGCCCAGUUACGUCCUUGCCGAUGUGUACUACGCGUGCACGGCUGUCAAUAUCCUUACCGACUGGGUGACGGCUUUCCUACCGAUACCUUUACUUUGGAACGUACAGAUCAACCGCAACACCAAAAUCUCGAUCGUUGGCCUUAUGGGCCUCGGUGUCUUUGCAUCGGUAUCAGCAUGCGUGCGCCUCAAGUACACUGUUGCCCUGACAAACCAAGUCGACUACCUCUACGGGGUCGCGAACGUGGUCAUCUGGGGGUUCGCCGAAAAUAGCGUCGGCAUGAUCGUUGGAAAUGUGGCAACCCUCCGCCCGCUAAUCCGCAUCCUCCGCGAUCGCAAUACCUCGAACUACAAUAAUUACAACCGAUCGCCUGGCUUCAACAAUUCCAACCCUACCGGAAGGGCAAAUUUCUCACGAAAUUACGAGCUCCCCGAAAUCGGGAAGGACCUCAACCAUACGACCACUACCUCGGCGAUUGAUCACAACCGACGUGGAAGCGUGAGCGAUGGAGACAGCCAGAAGGAGAUUCUGGAUAAUGGCCAACGGCCCGGUGAAGCCGAUAUCGUGGUCAGUCGGCAGGUUAUCGUUGCUUAUAACUAG